AUGCAGGAUUUAAACAGUAAUAAUAAAUAUUUUGGUGGUACUACCUUGCUUUUGUCUGGUGAUUUCCGUCAGACCUUACCGGUUAUACCUCGCUCAACUUUCGCGGAUGAGAUUAAUGCAUGUUUGAAACAAUCGUUCUUAUGGCAAAGUGUUGAAACACUUCGAUUGACCUUAAACAUGCGGGUAAAGUUGCAAAAUGAUCCAUCAGCACAAAUAUGUUCCGAGCAAUUGCUAGAUAUUGGGAACGGUAAAAUAGAACUGCAACCAAAUACGCAAAGCAUCCAACUACCAGACAAUUUUUGUACUGUUCAUCAAGAUAAAAAUGAAUUGAUUCAGAGUAUUUUUCCGGAUAUACAGACUAAUUACUUGAAUCAUAACUGGCUCAGUUAUCGGGCAAAUUUGGCAGCCAAAAUUGUUGAUGUUGACGAAAUUAACUUCCAGAUACAACAGUUGUUACCGGGCGAUCUUUUCAAUCAAUCAGUCAGAUCAGUCUUUUAA